GUGGAGGCUAUUCAUGUUGUUUUAAAUGUAAUCAGAUACUCAGGAUUGGUUUACAGGAAGAAACCUAUUAUUGCAACACUGGCAGCCCUGAGGCACAGACCGGCAAGAUGCACUGCUAUGGGAGCUUGGUCACCUGUCUCAACUGUGGCUUCGUUAUACUAGGACUCUGGAACUUGGUUGAACACAGAAAGUCGCAGGCCUCCUACGGGCGCCACAGGUCGCCAGGGCCUCCAUGUUGGAUGAUACCAGCCAGAGCAGCCUGGUUCCUCCAGGAGAUGCCAGCUUUUCUGGUUCCACUACUCUUAAUGCUUACGUCGGACACACCCUCCAGUAUGGGAAAGUAUUUGCUACUUGGAACCUUUUGCUUGCACUAUUUUCACAGGACAUUUAUCUACUCCUUGCUGAUCAGAGGAACAUCGUUCCCGCUGGGCGUGAUGGUCAACGCAUGGUGCAUCUGCUCCGUGAAUGGAUUCCUGCAGGGACACUACCUGCUGCACUGUUCCCAGUUCAGUGAUGACUGGUCCUCUGACUAUCGCUUUAUAGCUGGCUUGCUGCUGUUUUUCAUCGGCAUGGCUGUUAAUAUACACAGCGACUACACCUUACGCAACCUGAGGAAACCUGGGGAAGUAAUAUACAAAAUUCCCACAGGGGGUCUGUUUGAGUACGUGUCUGGUGCCAACUACUUAGGAGAGAUCGUGGAGUGGUUUGGCUAUGCUGUGGCCACCUGGUCACUGCCAGCGUUGUCGUUCGCAGUGUUCAGUCUGUGUUUCAUUGGACCAAGAGCCUACUAUCACCACAGGUUUUACCAGGAAACAUUCAAACAGUAUCCCAAAGCGAGAAAGGCUCUGAUCCCCUUCAUUUUCUAAAUGAAACACUGACUACUGUGUAAAGACGUAAAUGAACGAACAGCCAAACCGAGGACCAACUUACUAUUGAAUGUGAAGCUGACAUGACUCGUUUUUUAUGCCCGUCACUGUACUUGAAAACCUGUUUAUUUUAAGUUGCAGUCAUGUCUGUCAACUGCUGUGCAAGAAAAAGAAAGACACUGAGAAAAUAACUUACAGCCCAUAGGAAGUAAAAUUUUGCAGACAUUUAUAAAAGUGUGUUUCAUAGUACUGUAAAUACUAGAUGUAGAAUCUCUUACACAUUAGUUCAAGAUCUUAUGAUGGAACAAACAAGAAAUUAUUUAGUAAACAUAUAAACACCUGGAAUAGUUUCAGAUGCUUGGCUUCAGACUGAAACUCUUUGUUUGAGGGUGAAUGGAUGGUUCCAUACUGUAUGUAAAGCAUGUAGGAGGGUGUGAUGCUGUGGAGAUGCUUUGUUGGUGAACUGGUGAGAAAACAGUGAUGCAGCAUUUUACACAGCAACAUGCCAAUACAUCUGGUUUGCCCUUAGAAGGAGGAUUGUUAGUUUUCACGCAGGACAAUAGCUGAAAGAAUGCCACAAAUGUUUAAAGUUGCAAAAGACCUUCUGACUUUCUUGUUUAGCAAUGCUAAUUUACCUUCAGGCUGGAGACACUUGUUUGUAACAGAUAAAUUGCUGAUUGUUGAUACAUUUUAUUAACCUAAAUAAACUCUUGAUACAAUAAACAAUA